CAGAGGGGGUGAAGCUGGUAAACGGAGGCUCCUGAACACGAUGCACUACCUGUUUGAGUCUCAGAAUCCUGCACUGGCUCAGCAGACACUGGGAUCUGUGAAAACACUUUCAUUCUGUGGACUGGGACUGACCCCGAUUGACUCUGUGGUCCUGUCUCAUGCCAUCAGGCUCUGUGAUACAAUCAAACGCCUCGAUCUAUGGGACUGCCACAUUCAGUGUGAAGGUCUCCAGCGGCUGGGACCGGUUCUGCACAAGUGUCAGGACUUGGGACUGGGAUACAAUGACCUGGGAGAUUCCGGAGUGAAACUGGUGUCUGCGGCUCUGAGGAACCCGGACUGUAAAAUACAGACACUGUGGCUGCAACGUGUCGGUCUCACAGAUUCUGGAGCCGAGGAUCUCGCCUCCGCCCUCAGUACAAACACCUCACUGACGGGGCUGUACCUGACACACAACUCCCUCACAGACCGAUCUGUCCCCGCUCUCCGCGACCUCAUACUGACCCUCCCGAGACUGAAGUGGAUCAUGCUGGAGGUGAAUAAGUUCGGUCCAACCGGGAAGAAGGAACUGAGGUCGCUGCAGGAACGCAGACCUGGACUGACAGUGGACGUGUGAACAUCUCGUGGUGUAAACGUCACCG